ACACCCCAGACCAUUAAGCAGUCGAGAUUUUCUGUUUUGUGUUUGUUCCUUUGCCGUGAAUUGCUGCUAUUCUAUUUGGGAUGGUUGGGUAGUUACAUUUUUGUGACAUAGGUCUAAAAUACCUGUAGAAAUCACUGUCAAGAAAAAGUUGUAUUUAUACACAAAUUACGAUCGGCCGAAGUUUAUACAUGCGACGCAUGCUAUAGAUAGUAAAAAUGAAGUUACACUGAUCGGAAAGCAGCCGGCCACAUUUGGAGUGUUAUCAACAAUGAUCUGAAAUUAAAGGAACCAUAAUUCGAGGGUUACCAUGGAUAUAUAGAAAUAAAUCAGAUCAACGAAAACAUGACGCAAGCUUCUUUCGCUUUCCUCCUCGCCAUCGUCGGCUUUUCCUCGGCACAGGUGUUCCGACCAGGCCCAUGUCCCGACGUCCAACCCGUCGAUGACUUCGACGUCCAUCGCUACGCCGGUCGCUGGUACGAAAUCGCCAGGUUUUUCAACUCUGCAGAGAGCGGACUGAAAUGUCAGUCUCAAUAUUACACGGUGGAAGAUGGCUACCUCCUAAGCAAAGAGACCGGAUUGGGCGCCCACGGCCAGGAGGGUUACUCGUAUGAAUCGAAAAUGUACAAUCCUACAUUCGACUGGAAAAUUGGAAUACUAUACUACGCCUGGCCUCACCGAAAUAAAGUGAUAUUCCGAAUACCAUUGGUCAAUUACGAUAGAUACAGCGUCAAUAUCAUCUGCCAAGAAUAUUUCCAGGGCUUCGCUAACAUCGAGUACGCCUGGGUCAUCGCUCGUAAUCGUACGAUGUCGGAGGAAGAUUACAGCGACAUCAUGCGGCGCCUCAACUCCAUGGGCAUCGACGUGAAGGAGUUCAUUAUGGCGGACCAGACAAAUUGUCCCAACUACCAUGACGACAACGACGACGAAGAUGGAAGGAGUUUAACACCGAAAUAAUGAUCUGAUUAUUGUAAAGUCAAGUGCACCUAGAAUGAUUCGAUUUUCUAUGUAUUUUAUCAUAGUUCCUUCAGUAGUUCAGAAGAAAAUAUAUUCAUAUUUUUUACAAGAAAUCACGGAACUUAUCUACGGGGGGGGGGGGGGGUUAUCCUCUUCCGAGGGACUUAUGAAUAACUAGGGUAAAAACAAUUUUAGUAAAAAAAAAUCUAUAUCAUUUGUUAUUAUUUAUUACAUACCGUAAAAUGUUAUUAAUUAAUUUAAUGAAAUGUAUCCUUCUGUUUUAAUUUGUAAUGCACAAGCAUUUCAGUUUGUAAACUGCAAUAUGUGGAGAAUUGUUAAAAAUACAAUUCAUCUAUCGAUCUAUUUAUCUGGGUACAUCAAUUAAGUUUUGGAACCCAAGAUGCCACUAUUACGAAACAGUGUUCUAUCUUCGUAGGAGCGCCUUGACCAUCUAAUUACAAGAUAAUGUUCGCAAUAUAUAUUACAUUAUUAUUACGCUUAUAUAAUAAUUUCUUUCCAAAACGGUGCAGAUGUCCAUAAAUAAUCAAUUAAGUGUCAUAUUUAAUUUAAUACGCUUGUUACCUAUUUCAUAAUAAAUAAUAACAUCGAAAUAUCUCCAAGCCUUUAACUCCUUUAAAUUUAAAGUUUCUCCAAGAUACUAUAUUAAUCACUAACUGACUGCAUGAACUCUUCAUCACUCAAACCCUCGUACUUUUUUGGAUACCAUUUUACGUACACUUUUGCACCCCUUUCGUUAUCCUGUAUUGAUCACAGAGAUCCGUUUGUGAGUGCCGGCGCGGCAAGAUUCUGGAGACCUUUCAUCUUUCUCUUUCCCAUUUCCUCUUUCUAUUUUCAUUUUCCCUAUUUUUUCAUUUAACUGGUUUAUGCUCAAGUUGUUAUUUUGAUUUUUUUCUACACUAUCUACAAUAAUAUUGUUAUUAGCUGUGUGCGCUAUGAACGCCUAGCUUAGCCGGGUAAUAUAGGAGCGCCUUGAGCACCUAACAAGGUGGAUAUGUGCGCAAUAUAAAUACCCUAUAUCAGGGGUUCUCAAACUGUUUCCUUGAAGGGCCAGAUGAGACUCUAAGUAAACCUGAAAGGGCCAGGGUGAAGUGGAUACUUAGAAAAAAUGUGCGCGAAGCGCAAAAACCCUUGCGGUCGGGGUCCUAGAUGCUCUCUUGUGCAAUCUGGCCCUUACUUUGCAUGCUUUGGGAGCAUUUAAUCCAACAAAUUUAUAACAGUUUCAUAUGGAACGCAGGCAAAAUUAGAAAAGAUUGCAAAAUACAGCGAGAGUCAAUAUUAAUGAUAAUCUAGAAUCUAGAUUGUACCUAUACAUACCUGGUAUUGGGGAGACAGAUAAUGUCUUGAAGUAUCAAUAUUUUUUUUAGUCAAAGUAGAAUGAAUAAUAGAGCAUGUCUGUUAUAUACUCUAACAAGGGUGUCAGUCUCCUAAUCACUUUCAAUAUGGGAAACGUGACAGUCUGUCAGCAUAAAGUUGCUUGAACCUUGGCACAAAAGGUGUAAUUGCCAGACGAAGGCACUGGUGCAAAUGUUCACUGGUCAAGCAGGGGCCGCGGAAGCGGGGGGGGGGGAUUUUUUCCAAGACCAUGUACAAAAACGUAAAAAUUACCAUAUGAUUGUGAUUUUUGCAUGGCCAGCCCCCCCCCCCCCCCACUGUUUGAAACCCGUUCCACUGCCCCUGUCAAGGUACUUCGGUGUGAGUUAGUUCUUUAAAACGUUCAUUGUGGAAAACGCACUUUCGCACCUGUAUGUAGAUCCAAACAUGGUGAAAACAGCGCUGGUCAUCUAAUAAGAAAGUAGAUCGUAAAGACAGAAAGACUCCACUAAACUUUGUUUAAAAGUCAUAUUAAUUUGACUGCCAUUACUUUUAUUACGGUUAGGUCUACAUGGAUACACAAUGUAAUCAUAUUGAGCUAUGUUUCAUAUUGUGACUUAAAAGUGAUUUAAAAAUACCCAGCAGAGUCUCGUGGGCCGGAUAGAGAAGCUCCGCGGGCCGUAGUUUGAGAACCCCUGCCCUAUAUUAUUAUUAUUAUUAUUAGGAUGCAGCACCCUUACACCAGCUCCGCUUUUAUUAGCAGCUUCCUCCAUUCCCAACCUGUUUAUACAAUAAUUUUGUAAUAUUAAUCGUUGUACAUAGAAAUUUGCUAUAUGUUUCUUGCUUUCAUUUGUAUAUAAAAUGAACGAAACAAAUUGUAAUUGUUAAAAUGGAAAUAAACGAAAUUAAAUUAAAUAAUUAUCUUUCCUUUAGUUUGAAUAUCAUUUGGGAAAAUAAUAAAAUUAAAUGGGUUUCACGGAAUAAGCGACGCCAUGAAUAUUCAAGUC